CGCCGGCGCGAUGAAAGUUUCGCCAUUUUUCACUCACAGAGACUAUCUGCAUGCACAGUUGCCCCUAAAUUGUUCCAUGCGAGAACUACGACAAAAUUGUGACUUUCAUUUCAUCUUAUUUAAUUAAGAGGUGCAUUUCAUUCCUUGACUGUUCUCUAGACGACAAAACUACGACAAAAUCGUGACUUUCAUUUCAUACUUGAAACGCAAUGGAGCACGCCGCCCCGGUCGGGGAAAGUCUAGCCAACUCGGCCUUCUUUCCUCUCUGUUCUUAGAGGAGUAUCGGUUUCAGCUUGGCCUCAUCAAACGGACAGGUGAGCCUGCUUGGAGUUGUUGAAGAGACGUGCAAUGCGCGGUGAAGCUGUUGAUGGCAACAAGAGGAAGAUCUGUUACCCAAGGAGAAACCGAAACGAAUAAGUGUAUCGUCCACCAACAGAACAGCUUCAGCAACAUCAUUGCCAAUAGAAUUGCUGCAUACAAGAGAGGUAUCAUCCUAUCAGGCUUGUAGAUAGAUAUCUCUCCGAACAAAGAGGGUUGCACCGAGAGUUGCAAGAGUCGCCCCUACUCCGAACCCGUAUGUCAACCGGCAGGCAGGAGUGUAAGGCCGAAGACGAGAGAAUUCUGAUCGAUCGUAUACACUUGAUAGCAUGGCGUCGCAAUCUGCUUUCUCCUUUCACUGCAUGAUAUGCUUUGAGGAGUUCCAUCCAGACGAGAGAUAUCCAGUUGUGCUACCCUGUGGGCACACCUAUGUGUGCAAUCUCUGUGGCGACCGUCUGGACAAGUGCAUGGAGUGCCGCACCCCUCUUUUCAUUUCAGUCCCCAGACCGCAGAACCAACCCAACACCAGAACACCCAGCUACAGAACUCCACGACAACCUCCAUCUCCUCCAAUGGUGCCAGUCAAGAAGCGUCUACCUCUUCCAAAAAACGUGGUGUUGCUAUCACUGAUCGAAGCAACCGAGCUGGCUACCGAAGAUGCUACGAGUAAGAGUGAAGCAUCACCGAGAAACCAUAAGAGCGAAGGACUAUUUGACGAUGCCCAUCACCACGUUCUGAUGUCCCCUGAUGACAAUUCAAUCUCGGCUGUGGUCGACGCUGACGAUCUGGAGGAGGAAAGAAUCAAACUAGGAACUACCAUGGCAGUUUCGGUAGCCGGUACCUAUGCCGUUACAGACCCCAAAGGAAUGUCGAUAUACCCAUCACGCCCAUCCAAACAUGCUGAAGAUGCAUUCCGCAAGGACAGCAGUCAACAUACUUCCGAUGAAGACGUGGAUAAACUGGUCAGAUACUUUCACUUGGACCAGAAAAUGGACGUAGAUUCAACCGAGGACGAACUGAAGGAGAAUAGGAUGAAGGAGCAACCGCCGCUGAUUCUCAGCUGUGGUGACCGUGUACAGGUAGUUGCCAUUGAAGGAGGAUGGGCAAAGUUAGCAAGGGGGUACGGAUAUGUGCACGCUGAUGACAAUAAACUUGUAAAAGUUGGCAACUCUGUCGAUCGGGCAUGCAAGCUAGAAGCUAUGCUGCGGUCGCUCUCCACACAAAGGAAGCGACUGCGCCUGGAACAAAGCAAAGUUGACAACAUGUUUAUUAGGUUAAUGAAUGAUCUGCAGAUAUCUCUGAUGACGGAUGACGACCUCACGGUGAUCGUUGCAGACACAUUCUCCCAAGCUCCUAGCGAGAGAAAAGUUGCCGAAUACAGGCAACAGCACGAAGCAAGAGAUCAGAUGCCAACUCGACAAGGCACGGACGCAUCGCUUUCCAACGUGAGCAACCAUGGACCUGUAAAACCACCAAAGCUACCAGAACACCCACAACAAGAAGAGAGGCAGGACUCUCAAGUUGCUCCGCACGUACUCACCUCUGCUGCCCGAGGAUUCGCUUGCUUUGCCAAUGAUAUGUUUGACACAAUAUCAGGGACCGGAAGCGACGAAACGGAAUUUCACAAGCUGCGUCGACAGCAAGGUAUCUCACCACCCACUGUAAGAACAGCGUCAGCACAGAAGACAGAUAUCGAAGCUACAACAUGUAGGAUACCAGGAAACGUCGCGACGACACUAUUCCCGUCGGCGUCUCAUCCUUCGCCAAGUGCCAUGAGUGCGGGUGCCAGAGCAUGGAGAGAGCUUCAUGGACGAGAGGAAUGUCGAGGAGGCGUGGACUUUAAAACGGGUAUGAGUGGUCACAUGGCAUUGUUAAGUUCCCAUGCGCACCCUCAUGAGUACCUUGGAAAUCACCGUCAUGCCAUUGCUAACUUUCGAGGGAUGAGUAAUCACACAGGCUUGACCAUGACAAAGCCCCUGAAGAAGACAGUUGGCGCUUUGUAUCAAAGCAUGUACCAGAGCCUGUACCCAGCUCUCAACAUCCCCUCGCUCUCUGGAGGGACCCCUGAACGAGCCGAACACACGGAUUCACGGAGCGAUAGGUCUGAUUCGAUGUAAGGUUUUUGCUGCUCAGUAGAUCUUGAGGGGAAGGAAGGUUAAUCAAUCCGGAAAUCGAACAAAUGUAAUCUAAAAGUGCCACCACUACAUACUAUAUACUAAAACAUACAUGGUUUUUAACCAACACUGUUGCCUGAUUAGCUAAGGUUGCGAAGCUCAGUGGCUGCUCGAAUGG